AUGUUUCUGUCUAGGUUUAAGCGACUAAAAAGCGGAGAUUCAUCCAAAGAGCCUGUUUUCCUGAGAUUCAGAUCGUCGAAACGUUUCAUUAUAGGCGUCGUGGUGAAUUCCAUCUUCGUGGAUAUUGUUCUAUAUGGAGUGAUUGUUCCUGUCGUCCCGGCGGCUCUCCACACCAAGAUCCAUCCAACGGUCCAUCAAGUACAACAAUGGACGUCUAUUCUGUUGGCUCUUUAUGGAGUGGCGCUGUUGUUUCUAGCCCCUGUCGCCGGAUUCAUCGCUGAUCGGACAAAAUCUCGCAAAAAACCUUUCCUGGUUGGAUUGCUCAACUUAGCCGGUGCCACUUCUUUUCUUUUCUUCGGAUCCAGAUUGCCUUUCUGGAUUAUUGGCCGCCUUCUCCAGGGUGCAUCCGCAGCCGUCGUGUGGACAGUCGGGCUGGCUAUUAUCGUGGACACAGCUGGGAAAAAGCAUCUUGGGGAAUCACUGGGGUUUGCAAGCAUGGCAGCAACCCUUGGAGUCAUGUGUGGGCCCGCCGUUUAUGAACACGGCGGAUACCAUGCAGUAUUUGGCAUGUCGUAUGGCUUAGUCGCAGUUGAUAUCGCUUUGAAAUUGAGCAUUAUUGAAAGGAAACAGGCUGCGAAGUGGUUGGAUAUAGAGAUACACGAAACGGCAGAGUCGCCAGUGGACUCUGAUCCGAAGAUUCAUUUCAGAUCCAUUCGCAUUCUUCUCUCCUCUCGGCGUAUAAUCCCGAUUACCUGGUCAUAUUUUGUAUCAGCGCUUGUUCUGAGUGCAUUUGACAGCAUCCUUCCCUUGUACAUUGAAAAUUUGUUUCACUGGAAGCAGACAGCCCAGGGUCUCAUCUUCAUUCCUCUCUCGGUCCCUAACGUACUCGGCCCGGUGGUUGGAAUCAUCAUCGAUAAAUACGACAAAUCACGGCGCUUUCUCUGUUCUGGGGCCUUUUUAGCCUGUACCCCAAACCUCGUGCUCCUUCGCCUGAUCACAAAAGAUACCUUCGGACACAAGGUGUUGCUUUGCGCCUUGCUAGGGCUAAUUGGACUCUGUGUGACGAUUGUGCUCCCGUCGAUGACGGUCGAAGUCUCUCUCACUGUGAAGGAAAAAGAGGAAGAGUCGCCUGAUAUAUUCGGGAAAGGGGGUGCGAUGGCCCUCGCGCAUGGGAUAGUGAACGCCUCGUUCGCGACAGGACUUAUCGCAGGGCCAUUCUUUGCGGGGUUUAUUCGACAAGCGGCAGGAUGGGGGGCCGCGACGUGGGCUGUCAGUAUAGUCACUGGAGUGACUGCUAUCCCAAUGGUGUUGCUUCUUGGAGGGCCUAUCUGGGAAAGGCGAGACGAGAAGGUCGAGGAGCAUCCUAGCGCUUAGAGUUCCUCGCAUAUGAUGUUGAGGGUUGGGAAAUAUACCCGUGAACCUGCGAGGGCAUUUGUUAUAUUGAUGCCACCCCGCUGGUUUGCAAAGGAUAAUCUUUAAGUUGCGGCGACUUAUUACAUGCAUACAAGAGCAAAAAUAAUUAUAAUUCCGGGAAAUAAGAUAAAAAGCAUGAAACCCAAUUGCAUCGGUAAAAAAG